AUGGCAGAAAGAGGACACGCUUUAAAAUAGGACAUAAGUAAAUUGGCUUGGGAGGAGACUGACUUUCCAAUUGUUUGUAAUAAUUGCCUUGGUGAAAAUCCUUAUAUCAGAAUGCUCAAGGAUAGAUUUGGAAAAGAAUGUAGAAUCUGUGCAAGACCAUUCACAACCUUUAAGUGGAAGCCUGGGAAUAAUUCAAGAUAGAAAUAGACUGAAAUUUGUCAAACUUGUGGCAAAAUUAAAAACAUUUGCUAAGCUUGUUUUAAAGACUUGGAAUUUAAUAUGGGAAUAUGCACUAGAGAUAAAUUUCUAGGAGAUUAAAAAAUCGAAAUCCCUGAACAUACUGCAAACAGGGACUAUUGGGCUGAAUAAGCCAAUCGUCAAAUUGAAAGGUUGAUUCUACCAUAUGAUACACCUCUACCUAUGUUGGAUCAAAUCCUAAAAGAGCCAAGAUUAGCUGAUGUAAAUAAUCAAUUAAAUGAUGGAAAAUCGGAACCUGCCAAUCAAAUUUAUGCAGAGCCCUUAGAAAAUCCUUAAGAUAUUGACCUAUUAUACAAGGAAAAGUUUGAGGCAAAAGGAUUGUUGCCACCUGAUGAUCCUAAAAUUAGUAGUCUUUAUAUAUCCCACAUGACAAAUGACAUCAAGGAAUCAGAUUUAAAACAUUUAUUUUCGAAAUAUGGAAAACUAAAUUCAAUUAAAAUAAUGGAACAUGGUCAAAGCUGUUUCAUCAAUUUUGCAAAAAGAAAAGAUGCAGAAACUGCUGUUAAUGCAUUAUAUAAUAAUAUAAUAAUAAAGGACGUCAUAUGCAAGAUUCAAUGGGCUAGAGCUCCAAAUAAAAAGGUUCCAAUUAAAGAUUUAAUACAAUCCUUACAGCCAGAAGAGAAUAAAAAAGCCCAUCCUCCUUAAGCUCCACCAUAGAAUAUUGAUAAACGCUAGCAGACUGAAGAUAAUUUGCUGAUUGGAUUACUUAAUUAGUAAAUGACAUAUCCAAAUUAAAAUCCAUAUUAAAAGGGUGGUGUAAAUAAUAAAGAAUUAUGA